UAUGAUUGUUGGAGUGAAGAGUUGAAGUUAGUACAGCAUGAAAUGUAUUGGACAGUACAGUGGUUUCAGAACCAGGAGUUGGAGUGGAGAGCAAGGGCAGAUGAAAGUAUUAAGAAUGGGCAUAGGGCAUAUGCUGAAAAGCAGGCUUCCAUGUGGGCUGAGUUUGCAGCUGAGGGCAUAAAGAGUUUUCAGGGAAAAUAG